AAAGCAAGGAAAAAAAAAAAACCUCCCGCCUUCCAAUCGCUGGCCCUUCUCUUCCCAAAUGUAAACGGACUGUUCAUGUCAGUCCUCCCGCCAAGAACUCGGGGGGUAGCUGCGAAAAUGGCGGCUUCUUCUCCCAAAACCCUAAUCGAUUUCUUCCAGCAACCAUCGAAGCGCCUGAAGGUAACAUCUUCCACCUCCUCUCUCACUGCCACGGCCACGGCCACAGCCAUGGCCACCAACGCCACCUCCUCGGAUCUCUCAGCUGCUCAGAGAGGGCGCAUCGAGUUAAACAAGCUGCUGGCCAAAUCCAAGCGAAACCUCAAGAUCUGCUCCGAAAGAGUCACCCUCUCCAAAGGCAUCCCAUCCCCGUCUCUGGAGGAGCUGCUGGUGGAGGAGACGUGGCUGGAGGCUCUUCCCGACGGGGAGCUCCGCAAGCCCUACGCGCUCAGUCUCUGCGAGUUCCUCCGAGCCGAGAUAGGUUCGUCUCCAGCGGCAGUGUAUCCGCCUCCGCAAUUGAUAUUCAAUGCCCUCAACCGCACCCCAUUCGACCGGGUGAAGGCUGUCAUUCUGGGGCAGGACCCUUACCAUGGACCCGGCCAGGCCAUGGGCCUCUCCUUCUCUGUUCCCCAUGGCAUCAAGCUCCCUUCCAGCCUCGCCAACAUCUUCAAAGAGCUUCAACAGGACGUGGGCUGCCCCAUCCCUUCCCAUGGGAACCUUGAGAAGUGGGCUGUUCAAGGCGUCCUGCUCCUCAACGCUGUCCUCACUGUCAGAAGUCAUCAGGCAAACUCUCAUGCAAAGAAAGGAUGGGAGCAGUUUACUGAUGCUGUAAUUAAAACUAUAUCGGAGAAGAAGAAGGGGGUAGUUUUUCUACUUUGGGGGAAUUCUGCUCAAGGAAAACUGAGAUUAAUUGAUGAGACAAAACAUCAUGUACUGAAAGCAGCCCAUCCCUCUGGUUUGUCAGCAAAUCGAGGUUUCUUUGGAUGCAGGCACUUUUCUCGGACGAACCAGAUAUUGCAGAAGAUGGGAGUUCAACCCAUCGAUUGGCAGCUAUAGUCGGAGCUGGUGCUUAGGUUCUAGAGUGGCACGACCUUUUGCUAUUUAGCCCAUAGGCUGCCCAAGAAGCUCCAACCCAUCACUAUGCCUCACCAGAUCAUUUUAACUUAAUAUGUAGUGUAAAUCCGUCAGAUAUGGGAAUGGACAUGGACAUGAAAUGCCUGCGUUGUUUUGAGAAGGAAUAUCUUGCUACUGGUUUAUUCCUUCCUUUCCACUAGUAUAUAUAUAUAUAUGUAUAUAUAUUGCAAUUGUUGCACGUGAUAUAUUACAUGUGCGACAUU